GCCCCUGAAUCUUGAACUUAUCGAUAAUUUGGGUCAGCUGUUGCUCAGUUUGUUUUGUGUAAAUAAUUGGAUGCGGAGAAAAACUUAUUAUUAUUGCCAUAAGUUUUCUAGUCUUGCACUAUAGCACAAAUCCCAUGUCGGACGACAUCAAGAAGUAUUUAGACGGCCUGCUGCAAAAGGUCAGUGGGCUGUACGUUAUUCAGAUUACGGAUCGCGACGGAGUGCCCCUCCUGCGGGUCAGCCAGGAGAAGAACGUGGACUUCGCCCUGAUGCCCUCGUUCAUACCCACAUUCACCACCGCCUGCGACCAGGCCAGCAAACUGGGAUUGGGCAGGAACAAGACCAUCAUCUCCAUGUACUCCAAAUACCAGGUGGUCCAGAUGAACAAGCUGCCGCUCAUUCUGACCUUUGUGGGCGCGGAGAACUGCAACACGGGACACAUUCUCGCUCUGGAGCACCAGGUCGAUGGCUAUUUGGAGGACAUUAAACAGGCUGUCACCGAGGCCUGAAAUUAGUUUACACUGUAAUAUGCAUACUUUUAAUAUUUACUAAAUGUUUAUACUUUAUUGAGAA